AUGCUUCACCAACACACAGUACCUCGAUUGGUAUCACUAGCCAACGCAGCAAGGAUCCUCAGGGCAUCAUCACCAUCUCUCACCAACACAGCUCGCCUUGCAAGGACAACAACGACUCUUCAGGAGUCUCUCUUCGCCAGACAACACCUCACAAAGACUUUCUCACAACCGCAAACGCGCUUCCUCUCAUCAACCUCGUCGUCACGUUCAACUUCAGCACUCGGUCUCCAAGGUCAUGCUGCCCGAGGGUUCGCCAAACAAUCACCCUUCUUCGCAAGAGGGGCAGCAGGACUUCGCUCGACUGCUCUCCAGCAGCAAACCCGUGCCUUCUCAAAGGGUCACUCCAAGAAAAGACGACCCUUCAGGUUCCUUUGGAGAGUCAUGGUCAUCUCAACAGCCGUCGUCGCUCUCCCCGCCAUUUUGGUCUUUGGCGCCCCCGUUGCUAGUCUGAUCCUUGUCCCCGUUGCUGUUGGCGGCAUUGCCGGAGGCGCCCUUCUGUUGACAGGAAGUCUGUUGUUUUUGAUCCUCCCUAUUGUCGCCGUCGGAGGAGCAACCGCCUUUUGGUUCGUCUCGAUGCCAGCUAGCAUGACAGUCCGGGAACUGAACCAAAUCAUCAAGCGGAGCAAAAAGGACGACUUCUCAACCGCCCUGGGAGCAUUGGGAUCUGAUUGGGAGGUCCAGCCUGCACGUUCUAACGAGUGGUUCAAGUGGACGUUCCCCAGCACUGCAGGAGCACUCGACAGGAUCAACAUCCGUAUGGGUGUCUUUGACCCUAACGAUCACAGCGAACGCAAGGAGAAUACAUUCAAGUGGCUCGACCGUCUUCACGACUACGACUACGACGACGACGAGGAGGAGAAGGACAACACCAACAUCAGCAACGAGCACCAGACGAAGUCGUCCUCCAGCAGCAAGAGCCACUUCGAAAUCCGCAAUAAGUCUGACACGUUUGCAGUCGACAGCCUGUCGGUUAUCCGCCAGAACGACCACCUUUUGAUCGAGAUUGAGGACGAUGGUGCCAAGUUGUUGAGCCAGAAGUGGGGCAGGAAGUUUGUCGAGUUGGCGCAGAUUGUUGAUCGUGCAGCUAGCGAGAUGGAGGCGGCGACACCGGGACUGAAGCUAGGUAACCAGGUGGUGCUUGUGCAGAAACGACGGAACGACUCCUUCUGGGACAAGAUCUCGAUCCACGGCGACCUUGCUCUCCGCAUCCCUAUUGACCGCCAAUGGGUCCACGAUGUCACCGACGAGUAA